AUGCACCAACACCAACAACAACAACAGCACCAGGGCGAUGCAGCCGCGGACGAGGUGCGCGACGAGAUGGUCAAGAUCGCCAUGAGCAGCACCGGCAGCAUCGACGGGGCCACAAUGGACCGACUGUUUGGCACCAUUGCCAUGAUCAAAAAGGAGAAGUGGCGACACCUUGGCAGCGGAAACGGCAGUACCACCAACACCACCUCCAACGCAACCGACCACCUGCGUCUUUCGGCCAGCCUUUUCGCCCGUCUACGCCGCCUCAACCAGACACACUUUGACACGAUAAUGGUCAAGUGGCUGAAACGACUCCGCAUGUUGCGCGACCGGCCUGCCGUUGCGAUCAUCUAUCCCGUCUUUGUCGUCUUUGGCUGUCUGGACCUGGCCAGCCUACUGGCCACAACGGCCGACGAGCAGCCACGUGAGCCGGGUGGCCCAGUGCAGUCGCCAGCUCGUAACACCUGGCGCACGUCGUACCUGCAGGACGUCCUGGCUCUGCUCACGGCCCCAAAGGCCGAUCGUGGCUCAGGAUCUAGCUGCAAUGCCACCCUGACCUGCGACGAGAACCAACGGUUCCGCCUGUUCCUGAGCGAGGCCCCUUUUGCGGCUCCGGCUGCCAUUGCCGCUCUCGUGCGCAAUGCCGUGGCCGAGAUGACCCAGUGGCGACGACAGCAAAACAUGACCACCGCAGCCGGCCAUCAUGCGGCGCCUCGCAGCAGCGUCGACGCCCUUGCCGUCUCACGGCUGCUGCGCACAGCUGCCGUAGCCGACGCCACCGCUGCUGCUCAUGCGCUCGCCCAGACGACCGAUCAGGCAGUGCGGCGUGGACUCUGGGAGAUGACCACGCUGGCUCUCACGCGGCAGGUAGUGCCAGCUCGACCAGCCCUUGACAUGCUGCGCGAGCUCGACAUCUUUGCCGCCGACAUGGGACAGCUGGCCCUCGGCUUGGCUGCUGACGGUCUCGCCGGCCUCAUCCUCCGGGCCGUGGCCGAGUCCCAGCUGCCGAGCCUUCACGUGCUGCAUAGUCUGCCGUCCGACAUGGCCGUCAGCCUCAAGGAACACGCCCAAGCCCGCUUCCUCGAUCUGGUGCCGACGCGAAAGCAGCCGCUGCGGGACGCGCAGCACGUCUGUGUCGCCACCGGCUUCCUCGAUGUCGUCCGCACCAUCAUGCUCAGCCAGCAGCUGCAGCAGAAACGCCAGAAGCAGAGACCGAGGUCGCAGCCACCAGCACCACCACCGCUGCUGCUCUCGCCGGCCAUCCAGUCGGCCGCUGGCCUGCCCGCGCUCGAUUCUGCCGUCGUCGACAAGCUCGGCGAGCUGUGGUGUUUGCUGCAGGAACACAAAACGUCGACGGCAGCCGCCAUGGCCACCCGACAGAGCAUCAUCCAGGACUGGCUGCCGGCCCUGCUGUCGCUAGUCCUGCUACACCUACCGAGUCGAGGGCUGACGACGGCUGAUGGCCUGGGCCCGUCGCUACCGCGGACCAGCCGCGACCUGGACCAGGAGACGGUCAGCGCGGGCGCCUGCAUCGUGCUGGCGAGUCUGUGCAUCGAUAUCGUCCCGCUGGCCGACGAUCCGGCCGACGGCAACAGCAGCGGUCGUCUUGCCCUGCAGACCCGCCUGUUCGACACGGCCCUUCUGCUAGCCGACGGGCUGUCAGACGAGACGCGCCAGAGCUGCGUGCGCACGCUGCGGGACGUGUCGGCGAGCGUGGCUGUCCCCAACACCGUCGGGGCCGGCGACCUGUCGCCCGCGAUGGCGUAUCUGCUGUCCAGUCCGGCAUCGGCGUCCAUCUACUACCCGCGGCUGUAUCUCGAACGGAUGCCGGCCAUGUUUGGACGACCAGGCCCACAGCAGCAGCAGCAGAGUGGAACGUCUAGCCAGCCAACCACGGGAGCCGUGCGGCGCUUGGCCGGCUUUGCUGCACCGCCUGAACGCAGCCGACGGGUCCGAUUCGGCCUCAAGACUUGGGACGCUGUGUCCGAUCCGAGUCCAGCCGUGCAGGACAACGACACGGCCGUGAACCUGUGGCUGUUGGAGGCCACCAAGGUCGUCCGCCAGCGACGGCGGUAG